CUGUAAAAUCAUGUCCCUUAAUUUGGAUUGGUUUAAGUCUGAGUCUGGCGAGCACUGGAUACACAAAGGCUUUAUUUCAAAGACCUGUAACUUUCAAAUUUUCAUUUAUCCAUUUAAAAGAGCGAUUGGCCGCCUUUUUAAACGUUAAUGCUGAUUUAAACCCAGGGUGUCAUUUACACAAAAACUUCAUGUUAAUAAUAAUCUGUAAACACUAAAAAUUAUUUAAAUUAUUCCGUGAAGUUGCACAGUAGCAGAAAGAGGGGAAAAUAACCCUAAUAAAGUACAAUUGAAGACUGAGACCUCCUAUUAUUUUUUCCUGUGCAGAUACAGCGAAGGGGCAUAAAGCCAAUCUACAGAAUACAUAUCAGUUCUUGAGAGUGUCUGUUUAUUUAUUUUUCCUUGGCCUUUAAACUAUCCUGAGAGUAGAGCUAUGGUGAAAGGGAUGAAUGGAAAGGAAGCUAAGUAAAAAAACAAACAAAAACAAUCCUUUUGACAUUUUAAACCGAAAAAAUGUACUUUUGAUGUCCUACGAAUAGAACAGAGCAAGCUACGGGGUGUGGGGGUGGGAGAUAGGGUUUUUUUGCAACUCUCGCGAGAGUUUGUUGCGUCCAGGACCCCGUGUCCUAUGGGCAGACGUUGCGCCAAACUAUCGCGAUAAUCAGCGAGCGUGAGAAGACGGGCAAUGGCGUCAGGCCUUGGGUACCGUGAAGCCUCGCUCCACAGCAACAGCAAGAGCGAGACGACGGGCCUAACGAGCGUGAGGGAAGGGCGUGGGGCGGUGAGCCGAGCCGAUAACGAAGGGAUAGGUCCUGGUGUCCCGCUCGCCCGUCGAUGGGCUCCUAUGGCGCCCGCUGUGAGACGCACUAUCUGUCCAGCAGGGCAGUCGCUCCAAAGGUGGGCGUGGCCUCCGUGACUAUGACGUCGCAGCCGCCGGCAUUGUGGAAUACAAGGUACCAUGGUUACUAUGGCAACAGUUGACAAACGCACCAUGGCAACGGGAGCCACAGGUGUCAUAGCAACGGGAACCUGAGGCCACUCAGGUUGGUGGGCUUCCAUCAUUCAUCAUCAUGUUGUGGUGAUGAUAAUAAUUCAGUCAUAAAUAAUAAUUAUUAGUAAUAUUAUUUGUUUUCAUGAAUUGGAUUGAUUGAUAUUUGAGGAACAUUUCCUUGUUUCGUUUUUUAAAUAAUUGCACCAGUUUGUGAUGCAAGAGUAUAUAUUUCUUACGCAAAGGGACUAAAUGGUCACAAUCUGCCUGUUGUGGUCUGCUCUCGCCUUAUUUUUCAGAAGCAUACAGUUAAAAUCUUGCUGUUGCAGUGAUAACCCAUCUUUCCUUUAAGGGUGAUUUGCAGGCUUCAUCCCAUUGCACCCUUGCAUCACUCCUGCAAUGGGCAGGUCCAAUGGGCAUGAUUAUUAUUUUUUUAUUGCAUUUGUAUCGCAGCUUUUUUUCUCCAAGCUGCUCAAGUUGGCAUACAUAGUUUCUUCUCCCCAUUUUAUCUUCACAACAAUGAUGUGAGGUAGGUUAGGCUGUGUGAGGCAGUGACUGGCCCAAAGUCACCCAGUGAGAUUCAUGGCUGAUUGAGGAUUUGAACCCUGGUACUGCAAGUCCUAGUCUGACACUCUAACUGCUACACUACACUGACUCGAUUGAUUUCAGUGAGUAUAUUCUUAACUAGAUACAACCAUGAACCUCCAGAGACAGAGAGAGUCUCUCUCUCUCUCUCUCUCUCUCUCUCUCUUUUUGCAAACUGCAGGGGCAGCACAAAGCAUCACCCUCUCCUGCAGUUUCCAACAACUGGUAUUCAAAAGCGUUACCACCUCUGACUGUGGAGGCAGAACUUAGGCAUUGUGGCUAGCAGCCAUUGAUAGUCUACUCCAUGAAUUGGUUCAGUCCUUUUUUAAAGCCAUCCAAGUUGGGGGCCAUCACUGCUUCCUGUGGAAAAGAGUGCCAGAGUUUAACUAGGAAUUGCAUAUCUCUAUAUGCAUCUGUAUUACUGGUAUUCAUUUUAUAUUGUUGUUGACAUCCCUCUGUCUUCAGUGACAAUGGAGAAUAAGAUGCUGGACUAGAUGAGCCAUUGUCAUGAUCCAGCAGGCUCUUCUUAUGUUUUUAAUUCAUUAAAGGUGGUGUGAUUUCUAUAACUAGAUGGAAGCCCUGGUUAACAAUCCACAUUUUCCCUUUGCUUUUUCAGUUGAACAGUAUCCAGACACCCAGAUUCCUGCACAGAACAAACUACCUGGAUUUCCAGACUGCAAGCUGAGAUAUGAAGAGGUCUUUUUCUGUUUGUGGAUGAACUACCUGAAUGUGAAGUAGCCUACUUACAGGAGUUCAGUUUUUUGAGAAUACAGUUGUGUCCUCAGUGUUGAAUCAUUCUUCUCUAGCAUCAUGGCUGGAGUGGCAUUGUGUGAACCAACAGAACUGUAUAAUAUGUUGAACCAGUCCACAAAAAUCUCUAGACUAGCAGAACCAAACUAUCUCUGUUUAAUGGGUAAGUUAUGUUCUUUCAUACUGACUGACUAUGUCUUCUAUUUCUGUUCAUUGAACAUUUAUGUGACUUCUAUUAUUUGUGACUGAUAUAUUUUCUGUCUAUGUAUUUUGUAUAAAUACUUGUUAGCACAUUAUUAGCUGCGUGUUGCUUGUGGUUGUUCAGAGUUUACCUCUCCCAUUGGCAUCAGUUGGACUUCCUGUCGCAUCAUCAUUAACCACCCGGUAGCUUGCAAAUGACAUUGUACAUACACUUAAUCCUUAUAGCAAGAUAUCAUUAAUAACAAGCCAAUUGACCUGCACCUGUUUCCUCAGCUGCAAAAUGAGUAUUUUUCUCCACCCUACAGAAGCAUGUCAAGGGUUUCUUUUUGUUUUUUUAAAGAAUAUUUAUUCCAAUUUUAAGAUUACAUAGAAAGAAAAAAGCAAAAAAAGAAAAACAAAUCACAUACAUCCUACAGAAAAAGAACAACACACGAUACAGAAAAAAAUACAAAAGACAAAAAAAAUCACAAUACAAAAAUAACAAAAAAUCAAAUUAAACCAUUAGGAUCGUUUUCCCAUUUACUUAUUUCCGUGACUUCCUCUCACUUCUCUGCUUUGUAUUCUAAUUUGAAUCGUAUCUCCAGCAAACCCUUCUAACCUUCUUUUCAUUUACUUAUUUUAACAUUCGAAAAUAUUUAAUUCUCCUCUAUCUUUUAUUUUACACUACAUAUUUACUUAUUCCAUUAUACUCUGUCUGCCGAUACGGUCUAAUGUUCUUCUCCAACCUUUUCUAACAUUCUUUUAUAUUACAGUAUUUCUGAAGAUAUGUUUUAAAUUUUUUCCAAUCAUCUUCCAUCGACCCUUCUUCUUGGUCUCGAAUUCUGCCGGUCAUCUCAGCCAGUUCCAUAUAGUCUAUCACUUUUCUCUGCCAUUCUUCUCGGGUACAUGUCAAGGGUUUCUUGACUUCCUCCUGUUUCCAAAUGGUGAGAAAUGAAAUUGCUCAAAAAAUUGAAGGCUGUCCUGAGGCCCAGGAAUGCAUCCUCACUGAGCGGUGCAUGCCUCCUUGAUUUUCACUUUUGUGACUCUGCUCCUACUUCCAUCAGGCCUCUGCUGGCAUUGGGUGUAAGAAUAUAACGAGGGCUUCACUGAAUGAGAUGCAAGUUCCAUCUAGUCUGCAGUGACCAAGCAGAUUGACCUGCCACAGAAUGUGGAGAUGCUACAUAGCCAUAAAAACCACCAGCCUUGUAAAGGCUUGUCAUUCUGCUGCCUGUGCAUCAGGUGUCCCUUCUAAUUGCAGACUUGCAACAGGAUUACUUGCCCCAGCUAAGGCCACAGCAGUGACUCAGGCAGAAACACAGGGCAAGGGGGAAUUCUUACCCUUUCACAGAAGUAAAUCACAUUGUUUUAAAGAUAAACAGUUCCUGUAGAGUAGAAAUGAAGAGAAUGCAGAAGCGUUUGAAAAAAAUAGCAAAGGCAGAAUCAAAUUUCUCAUUGUUUUCAGUUCAGUCAUUUGCUUUCCUCAUGUCUUUCUUUUCUGUUGCAAUGCUUUCAGAUGCUCGUACGAGGAGGGAGUACAAUGAAAGCCACUUGAUGACAGCGAUACGUGUCAGAAAGGUGAGUGACAUUUUGGGGUGUCUUGGUUGUUUGUUUGCAGCCACCUCCUGUUGUUGGACAGACCCAAUGUGAAGCAUUAGAUUCUCCCCUGCUGGAGCCCUUUCACUGUUAGGCAAAGGUUGGCAGGAGCAAUUAAACCAUUAAAAUAAAAUAAAAACCAUGUUAUAUAUGUUGGUGCAAUAGAUGAUUGGAUUCUGAGAUCCAAAUUUCUUUUUGGUGAGAGAACCCCUGCAGAGAUUUAACAUCACAAAAUAUGUAGUAAAGUACGGAAAUGCAGGCUGUAAAACCUUUAAAAUAUGCUCUUUCAAGUGAGUUCCAAAAUGUCCCCUGAAAAUAUUUUUUUCCAAAGGUUCCCUCUUCCCCCAGCAUAAGAAAAGACCACAAAUGGUUUAUGUUCAUGUGCUUCAGAGAAGUUGCACAGGCAGUAAAACUUAGGUUAGUUACAAAGUUGUCAAAGUUCCUAGAUUAUUGGUACACAAACUCAAGAAUGACUGAUGAGAGCCAUGCACUUGAGCUGGAGCAACCAGCUCAAACCUCUUCACACACUGAGCUUCCCAGGUGGACUAGAGGCGAACAAAGGCUUGACUACCUAAUUUCUCACAAGGUGAAGAGAAUGGACAUUUCUAAGUCUGGCAGAACAUCUUGCUGCAUGGUAUUAUUCCCUUCAUGCAUUAAUUAGACUUAAGCAUGUUGGUUAUAUGAGGCUGGUUAUUUCACAAUACAAGUAGCAGAUUAAAAAUCCAACUAAAGCUAUAAUCAUCAGCACAGUGGGACUUAAUUAUGAGUAAAUAUGCAUCCAAUUGUGCUGUUUCACUGUACCAUGAGGCUUGCCUGGUGCUCACAUCAAUAUCUGUUCAGUGCCAGGUUAAGACAUGCCUCAGAGUUAAGAGAAAUAACAUUUUCAGGCCAAUAGCCACUUUGCUUUCUGAGCAAACUCCCAGAGGCCACAUGCCAGCAGGAAACGGAACCAGAGAGGAAAGUGGGUGGAGAUGUAAAUUUUACCUUUAUGCAAUCAGUUUGUCUCUCUUGUGUGAUGCCCCUCCAUUCUCCAACCAAGCAAGCAAGAAGCAUUGUCAGAUUCCAGCCAGGCAAAAACACUCAAGGAGAGUACAAAGUAGGGCCGGUGUGGAGCAUGGCCUGGGGAAAAGAGAGGAGGAGUUUUAGCCUGUGGAGAAUCCCAAGGGCCAAUUAGAAAGGUCUAGAGACCACAUUUGGCCCCCAAUUCUGAGGUUCCCUCCCCUCACAUACCUCUUUUACCAGGCUUUUGAGACAGUUGGGCGUAAUGCAUUAUUUGUUUGGGGCGGGGGACAGAUAUUUGUUUUAGUGUUAAACUUGCUGGCUGUUUUCUUUAAUUAUUUAUCUAAAGUUGGUCGCUGAGAGACUUUUGGAGCAGGCGACAUAAAUUGAACAAAGAAUGCUAAUGGUAACAAAACAACAGAAAGGUAAUUGAAAGGGUCUCUGUGCCUACAGUUCCGUUGAUGCGCAAGGCACAAGAUUUGACUUGGGCCUAAGAGGUAACAGGGCUCCAAGCACACACGUCUUUCAGAAUGCAAGUAUCUUUCAUGCAAUACAGUAAGAAGUAUGUUCCUUUUCACAAAGUCAUUAAUCCAGCCCCACCCUUCUUUCUUUCUAAAGAAUGCAUUGGGCAAAUUCAUAGUUCCUCCAUCCGUCAAUCUGGAGUGUGUUCGAUACUGCGUGGUAUACGAUGGCAAAUCUACCUCGGUGGAUGCUGCUUACGACAUAGAUUAUGAUUUGUAUGAAGUGGAUAAAGAACUAACCCGUAAGUCUUCCUCUUUCUGCUGUAGUUUGCGCAGCCUUGCUGUUUUGAUCACAUAAUCCUAGCUCACGCAAGAGCAAAGCUUAAAAAGGGCUGGGACACAUCUUGAAGUAAAAGCUCUUAAUAAUCUGUUACAAAUUUUUUUUCUCCUCCACCCAGCAUAUGACAUGGGAGAGGACAUCAACAAAUUAAGAACCAAGCCAUCUUCUGAGGAGAGUAAGUUCUAUCUGUAAUCACGAUGGUGGCAGUCUAGAGGUUGUUAAGACAAGCCAGGGAGCUAUGAGCAAAACAGGCAGACACUAUGCCGAGCCAAAGGGUCUGGUUUUGAAGUGUCCUCCUCACUGCACUUGGUGUGAACAAAACACAUUAUUGAGAGCUGAGGGCAAAAUAAAGUGGCUCUGCAGGUUUUGAUCAAAAAGCCCCUGUGGAUGUCAGCAUGGAUGGGUGGCUGGUUAGUUGGCAGAGCACCUGAUUUGGAUCCAGAAGGUCCCAGGUUCAGUUCCAGGCAUAUCCAGGGUGGGGCUGGGGAAAGACUCCUGCCUGAACUCCUGGCAAGCCACUGCUGUUCAUGGUAGACCAGGGUUUCCCAAACUUGGGUCUUCAGCUGCUUUUGGACUACAGUGGUACCCUGGUUCUCAAACACCUUGGUACUCAAUUGCCUUGGUUCCCAAACACUGAAAACCCGGAAGUAAGUGUUCUGGUUUUCAAACGUUUUUUGGAAGCCGAACAUCCGAUGCAGCUGUCGGCUAUUGUUUCCAGGAAUCCUGCACCCAUCAGAAGCUGUGUCAAACAGACUUCUGGAAUGGAUUAAGUUUGGCGCUUUUGUUUUUGCUGUUUAUUUUGCGUUUUUGCUUUUGAGGCUUUUUUGGUUAAUCCGCUUUUGUCACUGUGUGGAACCUAGUUCAGCAACUGAUUGAUUGAUUGAUUGAUUGAUUGUGUGACUGGAAAUGGAUAAAUGCCCCCCAUCCAAACAAUGACUUUCAUCAGUGCAUGUAAGAAUUUUUUUAAAAAAAUCAUCUAUAAUACUGUCUUAAUUAUUUUAUAGUAUAGGACAUUGAUUAUUGCUUUCAUUUUAUGGAUCAGUGGUCUCGUUAGAUAGUAAAAUUCAUGUUAAAUUGCUGUUUUUGGGGUUGUUUUUAAAAGUCUGGAAUGGAUUAAUCCAUUUUUCAUUACUUUCUAUGGGAAAGAGCGCCUUGGUUUUGGAACAGACUUCCGGAACGGAUUAAGUUUGAGAACCGAGGUACCACUAUACAGUUCCCAUCAUGACUGACAGUUGGUCCUGCUAGCUAGGGAUGAUGGGAGUUGUAGUGCAACAACAGCUGGAGACCCAAGUUUGGGAAACCAUGGUGUAGACAGUACUCAGCUAGGUUGACACAGCUUCCUAUGUCUCUUUGUGAUAUCACCAGACACACUACAACACUCCAGGGGAGGGAGUAUAUGGGAAGAGGCAUUCCUUCAGAGGCAGGUGGUCUUGAACGGUGGGAGGAAAAGGAAACAGAGAUUGUCAUCUGAUUGUUUUGAACGGUGGGCUAAAAAAGUAAUGGGAGAAAUGCAAUUGAUAGCAAAUCCAAUGGUUUUGCGGUGACAAGGCCAGAUGCGGGUGCCUCUGGAGUGCUUUUCUUUUUAAACACAUGCCUCUCACAAUUUAUCUAGAUGCCCCAGUGGGAUCCGCAGCUCGUUGUGCCAGGAUUAUGCAGCGGUUCACCAGUUACCCAGUCCUGGUCCUGCGGGGCGGGUACGAAUUGUUCACAGCGACUUACCAUUACCUGCGGACCCAGAAGAUAUUCUGGAUGCCUCAGGUGAGAGGGAUACUUCAGAGAGCAGGCUUUCAACUUCUUAAUGAGGUUGUUGCCAUCUCCUCCUCAGGUUGGGCUGCUGCUCUCAGUGUGCAUAUUUUUGGCAGGGUAUGGGGUGUUGGCGUACCUUGGGUGCGCACACCCCUUUUGGUUGGACCUUCAGACCAGGGUGGGGGGCCGCAUUCCUUAAAGUGCAACCUUCCCGGGGCCACGUGGCGGUGGGCAGGUCCAGAGGCAAGAGUGGGCAGACCAGUGAAUGUAUGGUUUAGCUUUGUGCAGAAGGCUGGUUUCUACAUACGCUCACUCCCCCUCUAUCCUCCAGUCAUUCGAGGCGUUAUGAGAGCUCAGGGAUUCCUUCCAGCUGGGCCAAAACACCCAGGUGUGAAGCACCACCAAUGAGGAUAGCCUGCGGAGAGUUCCAAGUGCCAGACAGAGUAGCUGUCAGGAGCCUGUGAAACACCAGUGUCAGUGAAGUUAACUCUUUAUUCAAAGAAACCCAAACACCACAGGCCUAGUGAUCCUAGCAACUCAUCCCAGUAGGUCUUGCCCUAAUGAGGCAGUUGCAAGGACUAAAGGACCCGUGCUUUCCACUGCUCCGCCAGGUCUAUCCCAAGCAACCUGAGGCUCCUUCAUCAUGUCUCUCUUUGCUUCACCCUCUUCAUUCCUCUCGUGUUAUGAGAGACCAGGGGAGAGAGGAGCUUGUUGCAGGAGGAGAGGGGGCGACUCUCUGGAUUCUUCAGCAGCCUGCUUCAUCUCUGUCUCCUGGCUCCCCCUCCUCUCCUGCCUCCGAUUCUGCAGUGCUCUCUUCCCCAGCCCUUUCCUGCUCACUAAACUCUGUUGCCUCUUCAGACAUCAUAUCUGCCUUAUAGUCACUUCUUGCUGAUUGAGGGUUGCCAUAUUUCGAAAAGUGAAAAUCCAGACACCAAAGUUGCUGAGCUCUUGCCGACAUGGGUUGCCAAACGUCUAGAUUUUCCUAGAUUUUCCUGGCAAUUUCCACCCGGACACUGCUUCCGACUAUGCUGAUCCCUUAGCCAGGUGCCUGAAGAGGAAACCAGGCUGGCAGUCCUUGAACUUCUUUGCCUCCAGAGAAGCUCAGGAGACCCAUCCUCCCCUGGUCCACUCGUUAUUUCUGCAUGUUCUAGGCCACUCUCCACAACUCACCUAGGCCUUAUUCACAACAUUUGGCUUCCCCCAAAGAAUCCUGGGAGCUGUAGUAUGUUGAGGGUGUUGUUCAGAGGCCCCUGUUCCCCUCACAGAGCUAAAAUUCUCAGAGGGAAGCUUGUUAAACCACUCUAAGAAUACUUUCAGGAUCAACCCUUUUAUUGUGGAUAUAAUACGUUUUAACUGUUUUUAAAUCUGAACAUGCCAUGGUCCCGCUGGUGAUGGGCAAGUCAUAAAUAUAAAUAUGAAGAUGCUGCUGCUGCUGCUUAUGAUGAUCUUUCCUUCCCCUAAAGGAGCUAGAGGCCUUUAAGCCCUACCCAGUGGAGAUCCUGCCUGCUCGCUUGUACAUGGGAAAUUACGCCCAGGCCUGUGACAGCCAAAUACAGAAGGAUCUGAAAAUCAAAGCCCAUCUCAAUGUCUGCGAAGAAGCUGGCACAUUGUAAGUUCCAGUGACAACCGGCUAAGCAGUAGUUGGCUGUCCGUUCUUUUCCAGGCUUGCAAGGAAGGCCACAAAAGUUACCAGCUCAUAAAUAAUCUUUAGGCCAGAGUUGUGUUUAAAGGUUAAGGCAGUGGUUCCCAAACUUUUCUGGGUCUCCACCCCCUUGGUUUCCAAAACUCAUCCCCAUUGCUCACUACCCUUAAAAAAGCAUUGCAGCGGUUUGCACAACCCACGAAGGAAUAUAAUAAGACAAUACCAUUCAAAACAGUAAUAAUUAAUUACAUAUUUAUUCAAAAUCCAAUUAAUUUUUGCUUAAUUCAACAAAAUGGAUGAACUUGCCUAUGGAGAGGACUAAUUAAUCAGUGAACCUAUUAGGUAUGUACCUUAAUGUUAUACUUUUGGCAGUGCUUUUUUCUAAAAAAUGUUUAGGGGUGCUCUCAUCUUCCUACUCGUAUUGAAAUACUACCCCUCAAUGAGGCCAAACUUAGAUUCACAAAAUGUUUAGGGGUAUACAUACCCCUGCGUCCCCGCAGAAAAAAAGCACUGUUUUGUAACUGAGAAUCCAAUAGCAUGUACUGCUGAAAAAGGGCAAACUUGAUCCAGUGGUGCCAGCUUUUCAAUGCCUGAUAGUCAUUCGUACCUCCAGUGCCCUCCUGCCGCCCCCUGAUGAUGAUGAUGAUUUAUAUCUAUGCUGCCCAUCUGAUUAGGUUGCCCUAGCCACUCUGGGCAGCUUCCAACAAACUAUAAAACCACAGUAUAACAUCAAACAUUAAAAACUUCCCUAUGCAGGGUUGCCUUCAGAUGUCUUCUGAAAGUCAAAUAGUUGUUUAUCUGUUUGACAUCGGCUGGGAGGGCUUUCCACAGGGUGGGCACGACUACCCAGAAGGCCCUUUGCCUGGUUCCCUGUAACCUCUCUUUGCGCAAAGAGGGAACCGCCAGAAGGCCCUUGGAGGAGGACCUCAGUGUCUGGGCUGAACUGAGCAGGUGGAGACACUGCCUCUUAGUGCCCCCUCCCAGAAUCUCACUGUACCUUGGGGUACCACCCGUUUUGGGAGUCACUGGGUUAGAGUGUUGGGCUGGGAUCAAAGGGAUCCCAGUUCAAAGCCCCAUUCAGCCAUGAACCUCUUGGGGCUUGUCAUUAUCAACACUGUCUUUGGUGUCGAGAUUGUGGGCCCUUGUUUCCCCCUUUGAUUUGUUGCCUUUUUAUCCCUUCCCCUUCCCCCAGGGAGCUAACCUUAACAGAGUUUGCUCCACCCCACGUGGUAGGGUAUAGUGAAAGGGAAUGACUGGCUCAAUGCCAGCCUUUGGGCUUCAAGGUGGGCUGGGGACUUGAACUAAACACUGGAAUCUGUGACAUUCCAGAUGGUGCUGGACUUCCAGCUCUCAUCAUUUCUGGCCAUUGGGCAAAUAGGUUGGUGACUAUACCUGCAUCAUUUGCCAUUUUUUGCUGGGCUGGUAGAGUUUUUUUGCAAGUGCCCCAGCAGGUCUUCUCUUUGCUGUUCCCCAGUUUCCUUGAAGACACUGACAGACUGCUUCAUAUCCCCAUUCCGGAUUCUCCAGAUGCAGAGAUCUUUUCUUACUUUCCCAAGAUUUGCCACUUCAUUGGUGAGUAGACCAAGGUGGCUUCUCCUCUUACCCCAUGCCCUAAACAUGAGGAAACGCCAAGGAGGGGCACCAACCUCUGGUAGGACAGGGGUGGGGAGCCAUUUCAUCACUAUCAUACCCUUGCAGGCCAACUUUAACAGGAGGGUUGGGACAACUCACCUAUCAGAUUCCCAAUUGAUAGCUGGAUUAUGACACCCACUUUGUCAAAAUCCCUUGUGUAGCGCUUCCCAAGUACCCAGAACCCAGCUCAAACUUGGGCACUCGGAAAGCACAAGCCAAAGGAGCUUUUCCAGCACUAUGCUUUCUGUAGAAUCACCUGUGCCUGAGUUCCCCAUGGGGAGCUUGGUCAUGCAGCUGAUCCAGCUGUGUCUCUAGCUCCCCCGCCCCAUGUCUCAUGCACAUGUGAUAGCAGGCUGCAGGGCAGGUGGGUGUGGGGAUUUUUUGGGGGGAGGAGGGGGACAGCCUUCCAGGCCAAAUUAAUACCCAUGCCAAGCUAAACCUGUCCUGCAGGCCAGAACUUCCCAAGCCCUGUAGAAAAAUCUUAUACACUUGACUUCCUGGUUGUGGAAAUAUUAAUAAUAUUUAUUAAAUUUAUUAGUUGCUUGUCACCCAAAUGAUCUCCAAGAGACUUAUAUUAAAUAUAUAUGCCUUAUACCAUAGAAGAGUCAGUGGUGGUGGGGAAUUAAUAUUCCAUAUUGGGGAAACAAACAAAAAAACAACCCCACCAGCUCCUUCCCCCUAUAACAGUAACAAAAAAAUUAGCAGUACAGCACACCAACAAUAAACUGAACAAUACCCCCACCCACCAACAGAUAAACAUAAAAAUUCAACACGCCAAUACUCCUCUCCCCAGUCCAAAAAUAUACCCAUCAACCUAGAAUUUUCUUUUUUAAUCUCCGCAGCUCACCAUGAAGUCCAGUGUCAAAGUCAGUGAGGGUUUAUGAGGCUCAGAGAGUUAUACAUCAGCCACUGCCAGUCUGGUGCCGACCAGAUGCAGUGUGUGCUACAUUUCCCAACAGCCUGAGACCAAAUUCCAGCUACGCAAAAGCCUGAGAUUUUUCUACAUACAAGCAGACACACACUUUUUCAUCAGCACAAGCACAAGGGAUUAUCACAGUUCAAGGACGCACUGCAGCCAGGCAGGUGCACUUGAGGAAGUGUGGGGGACCACAGUCAUUUAACAACCCAAUGGUGCACUUGUCCCUUUGAAGCUGACUUGACAGCAGACUGGCACUGAAAAUUCCUUCCACCCUGAUGAUGAGGCAAUGUCAUCCACCACAACUGUAAUGUGAGCAGUGGGCCAUCUUAGGGGCUGCUGUCUCCCAGAAUCUGCUGACUAAGGUGGAUGCUUCAUUCUGCCUAAUGGUAGGGCUGACCACAUUUAGCCAGCAAGCCCUACCCAAAUCCUACAGCCUCUCCUGGUCACUUUCACCAACUCGACGUCCACAGUGAAAGCUGAAAAGAGCCUUUUGCUUAGAAUGUUCAAUUACCACGCGGGCAUUUAUUUUUGUUCCUCUUCUCUAGACAGUCACAUCCACAAGGAAAGAGUCCUGGUUUUCUCCACCAUGGGCAUAAGCAGGUGCAGUACAGCCGUCAUGGCCUACCUCAUGCAUUCCUGCAGGCUUUACUUAAAGGUAAGUGGAGGCAGGAGGGGGGCAGGCAGGGUUGCUUCCUAACAAUCCAUAUAUCCUGCCUUUUAACCCUCCUUGAGGUGCUCAUUUGUGGCUGCCCAAAUCCAGAAGCACGACAGAAAAUGACGUUGCCCUCGUGGUUUGUAAAGCUCCAUGUACUUAGCAAAAGCAGAUACAGUGGUACCUCAGGUUACAGACGCUUCAGGUUACAGACUCCGCUAACCCAGAAAUAGUACCUUGGGUUAAGAACUUUGCUUCAGGAUGAGAACAGAAAUUGUGUGCAGCGGUGGCACAGCGGCAGUGGGAGGCCCCAUUAGCUAAAGUGGUGCUUCAGGUUAAGAACAGUUUCAGGUUAAGAACGGACCUCCAGAACGAAUUAAGUACUUAACCCGAGGUACCACUGUAUAAAUAAACACAACAGUAGUGCCUGCUUUGCACAAAGAAUGUCACCAGAUAAGGCUAGGAUGAAAGACCAAGUUCUUUGGUAGGAUGUCUUUCCCAUCACCAGACUCUUGAGCUGGAGAUUAGUUACCUGGCCAAGAUGCUCGGGGGUGGGGUGGAGUGUCCAGAUCCCUCCUCUCCCUGUUGUUAGAAGACAGAUUCCUCCCCACUCCCCCUGCUACUUCUGCUGUUUGCUUGCUUUUUUUGUAGAAGUCUUGGAGCUACGUUCAGAAGUGCAAAAUCAACAUGCGGCCCAAUCGGGGGUUUGUGCAACAGCUGUCAGAAUGGGAGACACGCAUCUACCUGAGUGACAUCACCGAUAUCUCCGAACCGAAUUACUGACCAAGAGCGAGUGACAGAGAAAGUCCCUGAAUCACUGCUGGCUUCCUGCAGUGGCAUUUCGAUGGCUUUCGAGUGGUGGUGAUUGAGAUAGAACUCUAUAUUUUUGGAAGUUGGUUUUUUAAAAUAAAUAAAUAAUUAUUAUUAUUUUUCAUUAUCAUUAUCUCUAUCCUGCCAGGUUUAUGACAUAUCUCACAGGUUCUCUUUACUCCUGUGUACAGAGCUAAAUGGCGU